AUGGAAGAGAAGAAUGGGAGUUCUUCCACUGGGUUCAUCCUACUGGGUUUCUCUGACAGGCCUCAGCUGGAGCUAGUCCUCUUUGUGGUUCUUGUCGUCUUCUACAGCCUCACUUUGCUGGGGAACACAACCAUCAUUGCGCUGUCCCACCUGGACCCCAAUCUCCACACCCCCAUGUACUUUUUCCUCUCCAACCUGAGCUUUCUGGACCUGUGUUACACGACCAGUGUUGUCCCCCAGUUCCUGGUGAACCUCAGUGGAGCAGACAAGUCCAUCUCGUAUGGCGGGUGUGUAGCUCAGCUCUACAUUUUUCUGGGGCUGGGGUGCACAGAAUGCAUCCUCUUGGGCGUGAUGGCAUUUGACCGCUACGCGGCGGUUUGCAGGCCCCUCCACUACACUGUGAUCAUGCACCCCCGUCUCUGCUCCCUGAUGGCGUCUGCCUCGUGGGCCUUUGGCUUUUCCAACUCAUUACUGCAGACAGUGCUCACCUUCCUCCUGCCACUUUGUGGGAGAAAUAAAGUAGACCACUUCCUUUGUGAGAUCCCUGCGCUGCUCAAGCUUGCCUGUGUCGACAUCACUAAGACUCAGUCUGAGAUGUUCUUUGUGAGCGUCAUCAUUCUUCUCAUUCCUGUUUCGUUAAUCAUGUUCUCCUAUGGUCGUAUUGUCAGGGCUGUCUUACGGAUAAAGUCAGCAGCUGGGCAGGGAAAAGCGUUCGGGACAUGUGGGUCCCACUUCCUGGUGGUCUCCCUGUUCUAUGGCACGGCUAUUUAUGCUUACCUGCAGCCCACCAAUAACUACUCUCGUGAUCAGGGCAAGUUCACAACUCUCUUUUAUGGCGUCAUUACUCCCAUGAUGAACCCCCUCAUAUACACUCUGCGGAACAAGGAUGUGAAGGGAGCUGUGAAGAGGGUGCUUUGGAAGGACUCUGGCUCCAGAUGA